AUGUUCUUGUCAGAGAAGAUUCGUGCACCAAAUCAAUGGGCCUGGGUUCGGUCCUUUGCUCCAACUCAGCGCUACUAUAGUGCAACAGGUGACGAUACAGAUGAAGCAGAGCUAGUUACAAUAUCCAGCCAACGGUCUAUUCUCCCGGUCCCCCAAGUCGCAAAAAGAGAGACGAAUACCAAAAAAGAUCCGACUGUUAUUGAGCCUUUCCUAGAGGAAGCGACAACUUGCAGCGACAUAAACAAUCCCUCAGAAAAACCCGCGUGGAUUAAAGGUGUAUACCUUUGUGCAAACGCAACCGCCGUUUUACUGCUACUAAAUGUCAUAUUGGUUUCCGUAGCAGGCGGACUGGCAUCGAAAAACUCAGGCUCUGGAGGAUCCUCAAAUUCAAAAGUUGUGUACAAUGGCAGCUGCGGCAUAACAGGUCAAUGGAAUACGGCACUUCAUUUUAUUAUUAACGCUCUCAGUACCGGCAUUCUGGCAGCGAGCAACUACUGUAUGCAAACACUCAUCGCUCCAACCCGAAAUGAAAUCGAUCUGCGCCAUGCAAAGCGUCGGUGGUUGGAUAUUGGUGGUUCCAGCUUCAGAAAUCUAUUUGCGAUACCGUUUAAUCGUCUUGGGCUUUGGUUGAUUUUGAUGAUUACUGCCACCCCUUUUCAUCUACUGUACAAUUCUGUCAUUUUUGAAAGCUUAUCCUACAAUGAUUACUGGACAUUCGUUGGACCGUCUGAUUUUGAUGCUCAACAAAUACGAAAUCUGACUACUCCUGGCCUGGAAAAAUGUUUUGGAACUCAAGGGAGCGGCAUCUUCUUUGGCGGAUUGGACGAUAAAGGUGACGGCCAAACCAUCGGUUGGGAUAAAAUAACGCAACUCGUCUUGGAAGGGAAGAGCGAGGCAAUUUCCACUCAGCAGUGUUACGACUACCGCGAGUCAUCAGAUGCAGGGCAUUUUCAAUCAGGGUACAAGGGCCUCAUUCUCCUAUCGAGUGAUCUGAGUAUGGAAGACGGAGGGGAUAAUUCCAUUCUUUGGGAUCGUGGUACAGGUCAACAACAGUCAGUCAUAGCCUCGUCGUUCGCCAACAAAGACACCUCGAACCCCUCAUCUCCGGAAUGCGACGUGUCAUCUUAUUAUCAGGACCUGCCUCUUAGCGGGUGUUUAGCGUUUGAGGGCAAGAAAAACUGUCAACUGCUUUUCAAUCCUACAAUAGGCGUGAUCAUUUCCUUGACUACGCUGGUGAAGGUAAUUACGAUGUUUCUUGCAGCCAGAGUUCAACGGUCUCGGGCACCUCCUCUUCUUACGAUAGGCGAUGCAGUUGCAUCUUUCCUAGAGAGGCCAGAUAGCAUGACGAAAGGAUUAUGCUGGGCCUCAUUUCGCCGCAUUAAAAAAGACUGGAAGCGCCAUCAUGCAUCGUCGAACCAACCACAGCCCAGAGUAUAUGGACAUCUAUCAUCGCGGAAGCAUUGGAGAAGGGCAUCUAGCCCUUGGGCUUGGCUAGCCACCUCAUUUAUUUUUUCCCUAGGCAUCGGCUUGGGCAUUGGUGGUUCGGGCGGUUCAGUGCCAUACUUCACAUUGGACAUGUUUGGAGGUCUAUGGAACUCAGAUGAGAAUAUGAAAAAUUUCGGACAUUUUGUCAGCGUGAACUCCUCAGAGUUGAAAGGCGUGGUGACAGCGAACAGCGUUCAGUUGGUAGUCACAGUCGGCUACUAUUUCUUUAACAGCGUGCUGACUAGCAUGCUGGCAUCUGCGGAGUAUAGUUCCUAUGGGACUGAACGGAAGGCACUUCGCGUCACUUGGCCCGUCAAAGGUAGCAAGCAACGCUCAUCAUACUGGUUGAGUGUUCCCUAUAAAUACGGAAUCCCAGUCCUGCUCCUCUUCACAGCAAUCCACUGGCUUGUCUCACAGGGUUAUUACUACGUUUUAAUGAUCCCUUAUGGCGCAGAUGAUCAGCCCCUGUACCAAAAAAAGAUCAGUGCAGUGGGGGUCUCAUUCCUGCCCAUAUUUAUCGCCGCCUUGCUUGCCUUCAUCGCGGGCAUUCUUUUGCUUUCUUUGGCCUUCCGGAGGCUUAAGUCACUUAUUCCACUGGCGGUUACCUGUAGCGCUGCUAUAAGUGCGGCCUGUCACCCACCCGAGAACGUUUGUCUCGCCAAUGCAGCCCACAGCGAGUUGAUCUGGGGAGAGACGAGCUUGCCACGAGAUUGCGUUGAUGAUGAGAAUGACGGAUGCGAGGUUCGGGGGCAUUGCAGCUUUACUCCACUAGAUGCAAAGCCGCCUUCAUUGGAGAAGUUGUACAGUUAG